UCCGGCUGGAACCAUGGAGGGUGUCGAAGAGAAGAAGAAGAAGGUGCCGGCUGUGCCGGAAACCCUCAAGAAAAAGCGAAGGAAUUUUGCCGAACUGAAGAUCAAGCGCUUGAGAAAGAAGUUUGCCCAAAAGAUGCUCCGAAAGGCAAGGAGGAAGCUUAUCUAUGAAAAAGCCAAGCACUAUCAUAAGGAAUAUAGGCAAAUGUACAGAACUGAGAUUCGAAUGGCUAGAAUGGCAAGAAAAGCUGGCAACUUCUAUGUACCUGCGGAACCCAAAUUAGCAUUUGUCAUCAGGAUCAGAGGUAUCAAUGGUGUGAGCCCAAAGGUCCGAAAAGUGUUGCAACUUCUUCGCCUUCGCCAAAUCUUCAAUGGCACCUUUGUUAAGCUCAACAAGGCCUCAAUUAACAUGCUGAGGAUUGUGGAACCAUAUAUUGCAUGGGGGUACCCGAACCUGAAGUCAGUAAACGAACUAAUCUAUAAGCGUGGUUACGGCAAAAUCAAUAAGAAGCGGAUUGCCUUGACAGAUAACUCUUUGAUUGCACGAUCGCUUGGUAAAUAUGGCAUCAUCUGCAUGGAAGACCUGAUUCAUGAGAUCUAUACUGUUGGGAAACGCUUCAAAGAAGCAAACAACUUCCUGUGGCCCUUCAAAUUAUCAUCUCCCAGAGGGGGGAUGAAGAAAAAGACCACCCAUUUUGUAGAAGGGGGAGAUGCUGGCAACAGGGAAGACCAGAUCAAUAGGCUUAUUAGAAGGAUGAACUAAGGUGUCUACUAUGAUUACUUUUAUAAUCUGGUCAGUUAAUAAACAGUGAUUGCUUUCAAA